AGCACGAGAACUUUACUGAUGGUAAUAAGGCGCAUGGGUGAUGGCCUUUCUAAGAUUGUUAAGUCGACCGUCACACCAGUGGAAGAGACUACCAGUAGUAGUGUAUCAUCUACUUCAAGUGCUCUCGGUUCAAAGUUGAGUGGACUUGCCCAAAAAACCACUUUGGACUCAAAAACUCCACAAGCUCCAUUGUAUUCAAGAGAAAUAUCGCUUCCUAUCAACACCGGAACUAAGAGGACAUCAUCUUCUCCGAAUAAUUUACCACCAUGCAAGAAAUUUAAGCUCCUAACAGCUCACCCAGUGAAAAUAGACGAGGACUGGUAUGGGGAUCAAACCAUCAAUGAUUAUUUCAAGCUUAUUCGAAAUGAACACGUCAACGUUGCCACCUUCGACACUUUCUUUUUCCCCGCAUUAUCCUGUGGGGGAUAUGAGAAAGUGCGAAGGUGGACAAAAAAAGUUGACGUGUUCAGUAAAGAUUUGAUCCUCAUACCAGUCAACGAGAAUAAGCACUGGAGAUUAGUAGAAGUAAAGCCAAAAGAGAAAAUCCUGAAAUUGUAUGAUAGCUUCAAUAAGAACGACGAAAAGUGUCUGGCUGUAAUGAUGUAUUAUUUACAAAAUGAGUCCUUGGACAAAAGGGGCACCCCUUUAGUAGAACCAUGGACCAUUCAGCUUGGAGUAAGUCCGCAACAGCUCAAUAAGUACGACUGCGGGGUCUUCGUUUGUGAGAGCGCGAGGCGACUCGCCGCCGGCCAUACUCUGAGCUACUAUCAACACAUGGCUCAAACAAUAAGAAUUCGGAUAAAAAAUGAAAUCGAGGCAGGAAAACUUCAAUAGAUCUUGAGUAGCUAAACGGGUGGAGGUACUGAACACCAGGUAGGUGACGAGCCGAUUCCUGGUCGUGUACCUCCCCCGGAUAGCAAGAAGUUGGUUCUUCGAUUUCCGGAUCGUCUGCAAGACCCAGUGAACGGAGCUUGGCCUUGAAGUCCCCAUGAUCAGUGAUAGAAUUACACGACAUGAUGCCUCAGAUAGAGAGGAAUAGAUAAUCUUCGGGCAACGUUUGGGAAAAGUCUGUAUGUCCACCAGUUGCACAGAUGUCCCAUCUCGCUUGCAAACUGUCACUGAGAGCGAGCCGUUGUUCCCGUAGAGCCUGUCUUUGUCAGGAGGAUCAUGUCUUCGUAAUACCUUAAUUUCGACUCGGCAUCUUGUCAUUAUAUCAAGCGGCAAUGAUCUGGAGCGAGGCACCCGUUAGGCCGAUCAGAGAUCUCCUCUGCAGUUGGCAGAGUAUUUUACUAUCACGUCUGGACUCGGCAGCGAGUUACCAGAAUGGUACUCCGUAUAGGAUUCUGGGCAGGAAGACACAGUUACAGAAGAGCGCUAUAUUGCUUCUGUCACCUUGUGCCCAAUUUGUCACCGUAUGUCGCUCUGAGCCUGGUAAAGAGAUCCAGGUUUUAUUUCUUGAUUUCAGCCAAGUGCUGGCUGUACGAGAGAUCAGUCGCAACUGUGAU